GCCCCGCCCGGGCUGAGGGUGUCCAAGGGGCGCAGAGCCCUGGGGUGCCCAGUCCCAGGAGAGCCGCUCUCUGAGGAGGAAGCAGCUCCCUGGCUCUGUCUGCGCCAGACGCCGAUAGCGAUAGCGGCCGACAGCGACAGACGACGAGAGCGACGAGGGCAAAGCCAACUCCAACUCCCGGUCCCACAGCCCCUUGCCCAGCUGGCUGGAAGCCCCCAGCGGGCAGUGGUCGGGGGCAGUGGGCAGCUCAGUCCUGCCACUGGCACAGGCUGAGGAGGAGGAGAGGCCCCUCGCUGACAUGGACCGAGAGCUCUCCCAGAGAGAAGAUACACAAGAGACAUCCCAGAGAGAAGGACCAGGAGUCCAAGAAAUGUCCCGGCAGGGAGCCAGGAGCAGCCAAGAGCUGUACCAAGGCCAGAGUCCCACGGAGGCCGAGCCGGCAGCUGCUGCCCCGGCAGGAGCUGCUGAGGACGAGGAGGAGCCCCCCAAGGCUCUCCUGUCCCAAGAGGAAGAUUUGGGAGACCAAGAGUUGUUCCCGGGGGAGGACGAUGUGAGCUCCAGUUCUGGGGAGAAGCCUGUGGGCACAGUGAAGGAGGAGGCCACGCAGACUUGUCCCUCAUCCUGUGACAAGGAGCUGUCCCAGGUUAAAGAGGCCAUCAAGCUCUCUGCAGGGGACAGCAACACUGAGCCAGAGCUGUCCAAAGGGGAAGAGGCAAUCAAGGACAUUCCAUGGGACAGCAAAACUGACCAGAUGCUGUCCCCAGUGGAAGACAACAUUGAGGUUGUUCCAGAGGAUGGCAAAAGUGACCAGGAGCUGUCCUCAGUGGAAGAGGACAUCGAGGGCAUUCCAAAGGACAGCAAGAGUGACAAGGAGGUGUUCUCAGUGGAAGCACUCAUCGAGGCUGUUCCAGAGGAUGGCACGAGUGACCAGGAGCUGUCCUCAGUGGAACUGGCCAUCGAGGGCAUUCCAUGGGACAGCAUGAGUGACAAGGAGCUGUCCUCAGUGGAAGAGGACAUCGAGGGCAUUCCAGAGGACGGCAUGAGUGACAAAGAGCUGUCUUCAGUGGGAGAGGACAUCGAGGACAUUCCAUGGGACAGCACAAGUGACAAGGAGCUGUCCUCAGUGGAAGAGGACAUCGAGGGCAUUCCAGAGGACAGCAAGAGUGACAAAGAGCCGUCCUCAGUGGAAGAGGCCACUGAAGGCAUUCCAGAGGAGAGCACGAGUGGCAAGGAGCUGUCCGAAGGGGAAGUGGCCAUCAAGGGCAUUCCAGAGGAGAGCACGAGCGGCAAGGAGCUGUCCGAAGGGGAAGAGGCCAUCGAGGGCAUUCCAUGGGAUAGCACAACUGACCAGAUGCUGUCCUCAGGGGAAGUGGCCAUCAAGGUUGUCCCAUGGUACAGCACAAGUGACCAGGAGCUGUCCUCAGUGGCAGAGGCCAUCAAGGGCAUUCCAGAGGACAGCAUGAGUGACCUGGAGCUGUCCGAAGGGGAAGUGGCCAUCGAGGGCAUUCCAGAGGAGAGCACGAGUGGCAAGGAGCUGUCCGAAGGGGAAGAGGCCAUCGAGGGCAUUCCAUGGGAUAGCACAACUGACCAGAUGCUGUCCUCAGGGGAAGUGGCCAUCAAGGUUGUCCCAUGGUGCAGCACAAGUGACCAGGAGCUGUCCUCAGUGGCAGAGGUCAUAAUGGGCAUUCCAGAGGACAGCAUGAGUGACCUGGAGCUGUCCGAAGGGGAAGAGGCCAUCGAGGGCAUUCCAUGGGAUAGCACAACUGACCAGAUGCUGUCCUCAGGGGAAGUGGCCAUCAAGGUUGUCCCAUGGUACAGCAAGAGUGACCAGGAGCUGUCCUCAGUGGAAGAGGCCAUCAAGGGCAUUCCAGAGGACAGCAUGAGUGACCUGGAGCUGUCCGAAGGGGAAGUGGCCAUCGAGGGCAUUCCAGAGGACAGCAUGAGUGACCUGGAGCUGUCCGAAGGGGAAGUGCCCAUCAGGGUUUUCCCAUGGGACAGCACAAGUGACCUGGAGCUGUCCUCAGUGGAAGUGGCCAUCGAGGGCAUUCCAGAGGACAGCAAGAGUGACAAGGAGCUGUUCUCAGUGGAUCAGGGCAUCGAGGUUAUUCCAUGGGACAUCAUGAGUGACCUGGAGCUGUCCUCAGUGGAAGAGGACAUCGAGGGCAUUCCAGAGGACAGCAAGAGUGACAAGGAGCUGUCCUCAGUGGAAGAGGACAUGGAGGUUAUUCCAUGGGACAGCAUGAGUGACCUGGAGCUGUCCUCAGUGGAAGAGGCCUUCGAGGGCAUUCCAGAGGCCUGGGUGGAGUGCCCAGCACAGGAGCCGUGCAGCCAAGGGCCGGCGCCUGCCCCGCACAGCCCCCGCAGCCCCUGGCCUGCCCGGCUGCGAGCCCAGGCCCUCCGCGGGCAGCCGGCUGCCCCCAGGAAACGUCCCUCCCGCUUCAGGCGGGCGCUGCGGGCGCUGCGGGGGCUGUUCCGCUGUCCCUGCCUGAGGCCACGGCCGGAGGAGUAAAACAGACACGGAAAAAGAUGAAGAAGAUGAAGACAAAGAAGGUGAAGAAGAGGAGGACAAUGAAGACGACCGCUCCUGCCUGUCCCACUCCUCUGGUGUCGCAGCAGCAGCUGUUCGGUUCAGCUCGAGGGACUGAAAGAUUGCUGCUGCAGCUCCUCCAAGCCAAGGAAGGGAAAAGCUUUUGGAUGGGCCAACAAAGCCAAGCAAACCAAGCAAAACCAGAUUAGGCAGAGUCCCGAACCAGAGCCUGGGCAGUGAGGCUUGGAAAAAGUGAGGCUUUGGCCCAUCCAACGAACACAAAGCUCCUCCCUUCCCUGCCCCGCACACACUCGGCCCCGGGCCUGGAAGGUGCAGCAGCCAUUUCUUGGGCACAAAGCAGAGGCUCCUGGAACAGACUCUCAGCACAAACCACUCCAAGACAGUGGCAAAGACGACAAAGAAGACAAAGACACAGCAGACAAUGAAGAAGACAAAGAUGACAUAGCAGAUGAAGAAGACGGAGACAGUGAAAGAAAUGGAGAUGAAGAAGAAGACGACAAAGAAAAAGAAGACAAAGAUGAAGACUAAGAAGACAAGAGGGAGAAGGCUUAUUUAAGAAUAGAUAGAAGAAUAGUGACAAGAAUUUAGAAAUACUUAGAAGAAGAAGAGUAUUAGGAAUAGGAGUAAGAAUUUAAAAAUACGUAGAAGAAGAAGAAAAAGAAGAAUAGGAAUAAGAAUAUAAAAAAUACAUAGAAGUAGCAAAGAAGAAGAAUAGUAGGACAGAGUAGGAAGGCACUCCCUUGGCACAGGCCUGUCCUGUUUCCCCUUGUCCUGUCCCUGUUCCCUGGGAGCAGAGCCCGACCCCCCUGGCUGCCCCCUCCUGUGUGGGUAUUCUCAGCUCAGUCAGAGAGAAAGAGAAAGGUUUUCUAACCAGGCGAGAGCCUGGGAAACAGUUGGGAAAGAAUGUAAAUCAUUCUCUAAUCUAUCUUGUUAUUCACAUUGUUUAUAGAUACGUUCUGCCACUGUGCGUCAUGCACUGCACACCAAUGGUGGGGGAUGUUUUUACUCUAAGACCAAUGAAAUCAGUCUUCUCCAUGUUCUCUAUAUACAGAGUGGUACAUUUGAAAUAAAGAGAAAGUUCAUUUUCUUA